AUGAGUUAUUCAAGUCCCAACAAUAAUGAGGAAGUGAGACCUGCUGCAAUUCAAGAUGCAGAUAAAUCAUCAAACAUAAGUGAAAGUGCAAAAAACAAAAUCAAAAGAAAGAGAAAUAGAAUCCCGUUAAGUUGUACUAUUUGUCGUAAAAGAAAAGUGAAAUGUGAUAAAACACAUCCACAUUGUAAUCAAUGUGUCAAGACAGGUGUUCAGCAUUUAUGCCACUAUAUGGAACAAUCAUGGGCAGAAGAAGUUGAAAAAGAAAUUUCUAAAGAUGCUGAAUUAAAGCAAUUAAGAGAUAGAGUCAAAACUUUAGAAGAAACGUUAGCAAAGGUACAUCUAUCCAGUAGUUAUAUCUCGCCAUCUACUAAUACGAAUACGCCAGAUUCAAUUACUUUGUCUCAUAAUAAUUCACAUCUCGCAAUUUUGGAAGAAAACGCAACAAAUAUAACAAAUAAUGACGAUGAUGCAAUCAAAAAUGAAGAUUCUCCAUUCAGUAAGUAUGAAAAUGAUGAAUUAGAUUUGACUGUACAAUUCGAUAUGUUACACUUAAAAAAUAAAGGUACUGUUCAUUUAGGUGCAACUCAUUGGUUAGCAAUCAUGAAAGGUGAUCCAUAUUUAAAAUUAUUAUGGUCGCAAAUUUUUACUAUGCGUGAAAGGUUAGGUGAAUGGUAUAAUAAAAAAUCAUUACAUCAACAAAAGAAAAAAAAAGGUUCUUUAAUGAAAAAAUCAAAAUCUAAAAAAGGUAAAUGUCCAGUAGAUCAUAAACAAAUUAUGUCACAGAGCUCAAAGCAUGUUGAUAUGAAUAAUGAUAUAAAUAAUAUUAAUAAUGGUAAAAUCAUCUCAACACGUCCAAUUAGAGCUCCAAUCUCUCCUAGUGAUACCACGUCAAACUCUGCAUCUUAUUUAUCAAAUUCUCAAAAUAGAUCAACUUUAAUGUUGCCACCGGCACUACCAAAUGCAGAAGGCUCGAAUUUAACUCAUUCUCAAUUUUCUCAACUUGAGAAUAAUUCACAAAAAUGCCCAGUAGAUCAUUCUAAAUUUAAACCGAUUAUUCAACAAAGACCAAACUCGCCAAUAAAUUCUAACAAGCCAGGUUCUCCAUUGCCACCCUUAAUUCAGCUUCCACAAACAAACCCUCCAUUUUCAGAUAUCUCUUAUACAAUGAGUAAUCCACAAGUAAUGUUAAGAGUUUGUGAAUUGUUACCACCAAAAUCAAUAAUAUCAUUGUACAUGGAUAAAUUUUUCAAACAUAUUUAUGCUGUUAUCCCAAUUGUCGAUGAACAAGAUUUUAGAAAAAAUAUUAAUAGAAUUUUAUCGUUAAAUACAACCACAAAUUUUACUCCAUCAACAAUGAGUAAAGAAAACGUCUCAAGUUUGAACAUUACAAAAAUAUCAGAUUAUUGUAAUUUAGGUAUUUUGUUAAUUCUUAUGAGAUUAACUUGGUUAUCAUUACCAUCAAAUGCAUUAAAAAUUGAUAUUGGCUCAAAAUAUAACUCAUUUGGUAUUCAAGCACCAUCAAAUAUUAGUUCAAUUAGAAUCAAAGAGGAAAAUCUAUUGUUUAAAUAUGAACCUUCUAUCGAGGCAUUGAAAUUAGUAAGAAAGAAUCUAAUUAAAUUUGAUGAACUUUCAAGUUUCUCUAAUAACAAUGUCAGUUUAUUCACUGUUCAAUUCGCUAUUUUUUAUAAAUUAUAUUUGCAAUCUGGCUCGGACGAAGCACCAGGAAACAAUAACUCUAACUCGGUAAAUUCGAUUGCUGGCCAAGAUAGUGAAACUCAUCAAGUUUUAUUAUCGAGUAUAACUCAAAUGGCUUUCAGUUGCGGUUUACACAGAGAUCCUGACAAUUUCCCACAAUUAAACUCAGUGGCUGAUAACUCAUCUGGACAAUCUUCCAAUAACAAUACAACACUGGAUACAUUAGUACAGAAUUCGAAUCACGAUCCUAAAGGUCCUACAAACUCCAAUGCAUCUUUAACUAAUGACAAAAACAGUACUAAAACGGAACAAUACAAUACGACAGAAAGAUUUAAGCAUACUUGGAGAAAGACUUGGUAUUACAUUAUUUCAUUAGAUGUUCAACAAUCUCUUUCACUUGGUACGCCAAGAUUACUAAGAAAUAUCAGAGAUAUAAGUGAUACUAAAUUACCAAGUGCUUCAAAAAUUGAUUACGUCCCUGAUAUUAAAGAACUAAUUAUUGUUAAAAAUUUCACUUUAUUUUUCCAAAUAGAUUUAGUAAUUAUCGCUGUUUUAAACCAUAUUCUAAAUGUCUCAGUAGCUAAGAGAGCUAAAAAAUCUGAGUUGGAUGGUUUAAUUUCUUCCUUAAAAGAUUUAACUCAUAAUAAAAAAUCAAUCAAUGAAGUAUUGUCAACAUUAAUUAAAAAGGGAUUACUAUACACCUCUGAAGGUUCAGUCGAUGCUAAUAUUGAUGAAAGUUACGGCCUACCUAGCCUUGAAACAAUUAUUUACCAACAACAGGCCAAGAGCAAAAAUAACAGUUCAACGUCUAAGAGUGAACAAGAGAAGAAAAUUGAGUUACCACAUGAAUCAACAACGAAAGCAAUGCUAUUUUUUAAACAUUUGACUUUACGUAUUUUGUUGUAUUUGUUAAAUUAUAUUCUAUUCACCCAUUAUGAACCAAUGGGUUCAGAAAACUCGACUACUCGACUGCUAGCAAAGGGAUAUGCUCAGGAAGCCUUAAACUAUGCAAUGGAUGGUUACAAAAAUAGUGUUUAUUUUUUCAAUAGCAUCAAGAAUUCUAAUACUACAGAAUCCAUGUUUAAUUACAUGGAAGUUAUGCUGACACCUUAUUGUGUGGAUGUAGGCAACCGUAGUUUGCAAUUCAUGAUUUGUUUAAUCCUUCGUAUUAAAAGUAGUCCAUCCAGCAGUUUAGGAGAAAACCCAAUUAUUAACGGAAAAAUUUCAACAUCUGAUAGCACAAGCAGCUACACUAGCAGUGAUAAUGAUGAAGAUGCUGGUGCUAAAUUUUCAAGAAAGAGAAAAUUAAUGCAAGAUACCAACGAUGAUAUUUCAAGACACUUAGAUUUAGAAUCCUGCGAAGACUUGGCUGGUACUUUGUAUUCCAGAAUGACCCUAUUUUACAAAAUGACGAAGCAAAUUUCAGUCAAAUAUACGUACGUAUUAAAGAUUUUCAAAUCUAUUCAAUUUUUCAUUUCAUUAUUACAGUCGCCAGUGUCUAAGAACUUAAUAUCAGAUAACAAUGCAAUCUUAAUGCCAGGCUGGCAACAUCCGACAAUUCCUAACUUACCGAGCAAGUAUAAGAAUUCAACUCAGUUUAUUAUGAAUGCAGAUGCAUCCCAAGUCCAAAGAUGCCCAAUAUACCAAGACACUAUAUCUGCAAUCAGUGAAUCAAAAAAUAAUUUUAAUAAUGAUUCAAAUGUUAUGCCAGGCAUGAUGGAUAAUCAUUCUAUUCAGUUACCAUCAAUAAGAUCAUAUACUCCUAUUACUUACAAUAAGAGUGAUGUUCGUAACAUUGAAGCAAUAAAUAACAGUGAUUUAUUAAAGAAGCGUCGUACAAUUUCCAACGAGCCUAAUUCAAGAAUUUCUUCUCCUGUUCUUGAAACUUCUCAACAAGGUACUUCAUCGAGGAAUUCACCACUUGCUUUCCAAGGUGGCGCGUUUAAUGAACCUCUGCCUUCAAUCGAAGGUCUAAAGCGUUCUGUUCCAUCUGUAACAUCUAUGAGGAAUAUGGGAAAUACUAGCCCUAUGAAUAGUAUAGGAUCUCCAAAUGCAAUGCCUUACAUGACUCAUGUACAGCCUCUAAGUAAUCAACAACCAAUUCAUAAUAAUAGUAUAAUUGGCGUCAAUAACACUAUGAAUAUGAAUAUGAGUUCAGGAGCAAUGAGUCCAAGCAUGAAUAUAGGUAUGAAUUUGAACGUCGGUCUUAAUAUGGGCAUGAACCUUAAUAUGAAUAUGGGUAAUUUAAACAAUAUAGAUCCAUUAUCAAAUCAACAUAAUGUUGCAAUAAAGUUGGAAGCCGAUAACACAAUUCCUUCCAAUAAUGAGGAUUUGUCAACUUUAGUUUCCCCACAAUCUGAAGCCUCAUCAGGAAGUUUUGUUAUUCCAGAUUUUGAAGAAUUUUUAAUGCAAGACUCCAGCUUUAAUAAUGGUUUAAUGAUUGAUGCGUCAAACCUAGUCGAGGCUGUUGGUUUCAAUCCUUUGGAAUCACAAGAUCUGGUGCGUAUGGAUUCUGAAAUCAUCCCUAUCGAUAAGCUUGGAAUGCCAGGUUUCCAAAAUAUGAAUGGAGGAGGAAAUUUCCCAGUUUGGAAUUAG